AGAACAACCAAAGCCUUUGAUAUUUCUAAUUAGAAACAAUACAAAAAACAAUCAUGGCUUCUCAGGUUACUGCAAGGCACAUUUGUCCUGUUAAACAGUUAAAUCCUAUUGAUUCACUUCACAAGAUGAAUCAGAUGCAGCAUGAAGGUCUGUUAAAGAGAAUGUAUAUGCCUUUUGUGAGAGGACCAGAAGACAGACAUUCCUUUACUAGUUUCCAGGACAAGUACAGUAAUGCUUUUCUCAAAUCCAAUCCAUUCAUCUCUCCUGAAGAUAAAUAUUACAUUUUAGCUCCACACCGGGAUGAUGUGCCAGUAAGUAACACUUUCUCGGGAUUUGUGAGCCCAGGAGCCAAAGCUGAACAGCAAAUCAAGUACGGCAGACCCGUGGGGGAUGGCAGAGAUCAGCAACCUCCAGAGUGGGCACCUCUCCCCUUCAGGAGAGUCCAGACUGCCGAUGGAAGAUCCUCAUUACGACUGGAUGAGAUAAAGCAGGACCAGCAAUGGAACUCCACAGCAGUCCCAGAUAUUUCUAUCAGAACAAAAAUUGGAGGAUGGACAAGCCCAGUAAAAGUUAUACCUGCUCCCCCUCAAACCAAAGAAUGUUUCUCACCUCAUGCAUUUGCAUUUCAUGUGGACCCAAACGUUAAGUCAAGUGAUCCUUCUUUUGAAGCCUGCAGAGAUGCAAGAGCCCAGAAGUAUAUGUACACCUCAACAACCCAAAGAGGAUAUGAAGACGUUCCCUGGGAUAGAAUGUUGCCACCCAAACCCAAGGCUCCAGAUUCAACACUAGAACGGAUGCCUGAUUGCGUCUCCCAGUGUUUUACAAUGAAACGAUAUGAUCCAAUACCUCAUAUAGGCCAAGUUGUUGGAGGCCUUUGGGACAGAUUUCAAAAAAGAUCCUUCACAUCACCACACAGGCCAAUUAAUUUUGUUAGUCCGUGUUCUCGAACUCAGCAACUCCCUUUAUACACAGGCUGUGUUGGUGCAGAGAAUGCUGAAGACCUCGACGACCCUGACGCAGACGUAAUUAUCCAUGGUAGAGUUCGACUUGCAAAGCCACGUUACGUGAAUUCUUCCCACUCUCCAAACACCUUUGGAUACACUGGCAAGGUUCAUUGGUCAGCCAUCCAACCAGUAAAUUCUAAUCUUCCACCAACAUCGCCAUCAAUAAUUUCACGAAUGUAUGGGUGCAUAGCUAAGCAUGGUCAUCCAUCUGAAUUUCCACAUCGGGGGGCCCUAUCACAGAUCCUUACACCCACUGAACCUCAAAAUCCUUUCAACAAGAAGGAAAGAGUGAGAGUCAAGAUUUGA